UAAAUGAACGGUCUUUCGCCAUCUUACUCAUUGCACUGAGCGUUCGGGAAUGUGCGACUACCAGUAACUUAUCGUUUCGUUUCGCUGAUAGCGCGGCCUGCAUCACUGUAAUGACACUGGGUGUGUAUGAUGAUGCUCCAGGUUACAUAAGUGACAUACGCAUCUAGUGACGCACACAUACUUCCGCUCUGUGGCUAUCUUCUGGUUUGUUUGGUUGUCAAGCGCAACAACUUUGUAAGCAACCGACUAGUAACACAGCUGGCGUGUGGCUGGGGUGCAUGCGUGUCAAAAGAAAAACCACAGGCUCCACUACCCAUGACUGCACACCUUAGGACAACAUCAGCACCAACAUUGGGCAACAAUCCCUGCCCCUACAGAAUCUAUCGAUUUAUCAUUUAUUCAUUUAGGUUAUCCCUAAAGGAACAAGAUUUCAAUCUUUUAGAGUUUUAGUAUGGUUAUCUUUCUCUCUCCAUCUGCCCCCCUGCCCACCCCAAACCCCUAACCGCACCACCGCACACACCUCCUCCGUCCUCCCCCUCCUCCUCGGUGCAGUGGGGUGUCCGGCUGGCCAUCCUUUGGUGCCAUGAAUGCAUCUGAGCCGUGAGCAGAAGUGUGAGCACUGCACAUUCCUGGCAGUUCUAUAGGAGGAUUUCUGAAGGCCAGCGCCAAUGAGCCUGAUGGAAUCCAGCUUAAACAAACCCCAAGACUGGAGCUGGGGCCGCACGCAAUCUCAGACAAUGCAAGCUCAUUUACACACACACACACACACACACACACACACACACACACACACAAAGGAGAGUACUCACACUAAUGAGCCCCUUCUGUACAUUGUGUUACUCAUUCUUCACCAUCAAAAAGCUUUUGGUUAAAUAAACCUAUAGUGUCAAAUAUGAUGAUGAAGUUGUAUUUUAACAUGGAUACUGUAGGUAUAUAGUUUACAACACAGAGUUCUCGUGGACAUCAUUGCAGAUAUGCAAUAGCUUGAACCUAGAUUUCACGAGGAGAUCUUUAUGUGUUUAAGGUCCGCCUCUCAAGUGGGAGGUAGCCUGUACUAUACGGCAAAGGCUGUUACGAAAGCCUAUACACUUCUCCUAAGGCUUGGCACAUUAGCUAGAGUAAGCAAUGCUUGAGUCUAGUCUGUGCUGCAGACUUCAGCUGUCCAGCUCUCUGUGCAUUAGAGAGGAAAAGAAAAGAGAGAGACGCAGGUAGACACAUCCCGGUCCUGCAGCCCAUCCUGACGGUCCAUGCUCCUGCGCCUGCCUGUGUGUGUCAGGUGACCAGGCGGGAUGGAGGCGGGGUCCAGCAGUCAGAGCGCUGAGGAGGCGGGUCUUACCUCAGGGGAGGAGCCACAGCCUGAGCCACCACGCCGUGGGAGGGGUCGGCCACGCAAACAGCAAGAGGAGCCUGUAGGUCCUCCUCCUCCCAGGAGACCUCGCGGGCGACCCAGAGGAAGUAAGAACAAGCAGGUCACACCCAAGAAGGUAGAGCCAGUGGGCCAGAGAAGGCCACGUGGUCGUCCAAGAAAAUGGCCACAGAAAUUGAGUGAGGAAGAGCAGCAGGCUCGUGUCAAAGACGUUGCUCCACCCCCUGCGCCCCCCUCUCCCACAGCGCCUCCACCCGAGCAGGGGGGGUUGUGAAGGCGGCUGGUGCUGCCUCAGGAGAAUCGGUUGGUCUGUCUCUAACCUCCCUAGCCUCCACACACACACACACACACACACACACACACUCACACACACACACACACACACACACGCAGCAGUCACAUCGGGUUUGCCUCACACAGGUGCACUGAUCCCAGCCCCCCCCCCCCUCAGGAUGUCUUCACACACACACACCGUACACAACAACGCCUCCACCCCUCCAGCUCUUCUACGAAUGCAGAAUACUCAGGAUCUCCACUCUGGACAAAGCACAAGAGUUUACAUUUAUCUGACAAUGCUUGAAGAAUCGCAUCAGUGUUUUUAGGAUAAAACGUUUCAUGUUCUUCUCAAAAGGUGUAUGAUUGUUAUUUUUAAGCUGUGUGCAUCAUUACUGUAAGCUUCGAAAAAUUGGUGUGACCGAAUGUCUGGAAAGUUGGAUUAAUCGUUUCAAAAUGAAAUACGGGGCACAUGAAAUCGAAAUGAAUUUGUAUUUGACAAGAAAAAAUUCAUAUUGUUCAAAUGAAUGAAAUUAAUUUUUGAAAUAAAAAGAUAAAUUAGACAGUGUAUUAAUCUUUGACAAUAAUGCAAACAAAUGGUUAAGUCUGUAGUCUGCACAGUGCAUUUAAAUCAACCUAUGGUAAUGGUAAUUUAUGGCAAAGUAUGAAAAAUGUUUCUGUUUCCAUUCUCACUCACAAGAUGAUGUGGUUUCUGAAGCGUCAUUUACCUCCUUGAUCUUCUGUCUUCUUGGAAGUCAUACACAACCUUUCAAUGGAAGUGAAAUUGAGAGCGUGUGAUUGGCUCUCCUCCUGCAUAGAUAGCUGUCAGCAUAAGGUUUUUUUUUUCUUUACUGUAUAUGAUACAUUGACCUGAUACGUGUAUAUAUAUCUCAAUUUUUCUUUCAUUCACAUUCAUCUCAUUCAUAGUUUAUUAUUCUUUGGUCAAUCAUUGCUAGUUUUAAUGUAAUUCAUUUACCUGCAUUCCCUUUCUUUCACACAUUCCCUCUCUGUAUCCCUUUUAUACUGGAUGUAUCAGUGGGAUAUAAAUAUAUUUUAAAAUGUAGAUAUCUUUCAAAUUUCACAAUUUACACACAACAGAUCAUUUUCCUGCACAUAGCUGUAAUACCUCAUAGUAUACACAGUAUCCUAUUUUUCUCAUUUUUUAAUUGUCAUUGAUUGGCCCACCAUACUGGUUUUGCAUGUUACUAUGACAGUGUGUACUAUUUUACAUGUCCUACUCACAUACUUCAUAAUGAUUAUGAGAUCUCUCUGUCAGAAAUACGUGGAUGAUACCCCUGUAUUCAGUGCCUCAGCACAACUCAGUACCUCCAAAGUUUCAGAUCAUGCUCACACUAAGAGUGAGUGCUCCUCUGAGCCCAGAAUCCUUCAGCACAACGUACCUACUUGAUCUACUCUUCAGACAUCACCUACGUGAACAAUGCAAGUCCGCUGAGAGAUGCUUCUGUUUAGCCUGUGGUACCAAUGUUCUCGCCUUCAAUCCCUCCCCUGCCCCACUUACUGCCAAUUACUGUACAUGUUGGCCCUCUCUGUGUGGAAUCAUGAGUGAUACCUUGUCAUGUCAUAAAAAGCAUCCCGCAUUCACCAGACAGCCUUUAUUUUCUUCAAAGCCAAAAAUGUUCUCUUUUUGUUGCAUAUAAAUACAAGUGCUCUGUUUUCAGGACAAACAAAGAUGUUCUCUGCUGGUAAAAAUCACUUUUAGUCUUUUAUAAUUAUAAAGGUUUACUAGAAUCUUUUGUUCAAUUAGAAUAUUUGUUCACAUCUGUUCUUUGUCAGUUUAUGCUAGAUCAUUGUAUUUUGUUCAGGUUAAUUCAGGUUUGUGCCUUUAGGUAGUUUGUCUUGGUUUUCCUUGCUUGUACCUGAAGAAGAGAAAAUUGGAGAUGGUCUUUCUUUAUACCUCAAAGGCAGUAUUUUGUUGUAUUUUUUAAGUUUCUUGGAUACAUUGCUAAUAAAUUUUCCAUGAGUUUUCCUGUCA